AUGAACGCGACGCAUGGGCAGAAUUGCUACGCGAAUCGGGAUGGCUACAUGUGCUGCAGCGAGCGGCUGGAGCUGAUCAUGCGCAAAAGCUUCCGGAAGCUGCGACGCCGCCUAGGGUUCCACGGCUGCUCGGUGCAACUGAUCGCCAACCAGAUCCAAAAAGACGCCGAGGCCACAUUCGGUGUCCCGUUCGAAUCUGUCGUCGGCAUCGACGACUUUGCCAUCCGGGCCCAUUUCGUGGGGGAAUUGACGUGCAAAAUCGAGCAGGACGGACGAUUUGUGGCUGCAUAUGCGACGGCGACACCGGAAAUCUUCCUCUCCAAAGCCUCGCGAAACAUCGCCUACGAAGCGAAACCCCGCGUGACGCCGGCGCAAAACAUCUCUGAAGCCGAACUGCUCGAGACCGAGCGGAACAUUCAGGCCAUUGCCGACCUCCUUCAGGGCGUCGACCAGCGGACUACGAUUCUCAUCCCGGAA